GUCGACCUCGCAGUCUCCUCCGCAGGACUUCUUGCUGUUGAAGUACUUCAGCAGCUUGAUYYUUWUUUUCGGGAUGUUGUUUUCUUCCAGCUCGACGAGCAGAGGGAACCAUGGCCAGUAAGUUGGAUAUCGCUCUUCAAGGGCCUUCAGUUAACAUUGUGAGGCAGUGUGGACCUGCCCUGAGCGACAUCCUCCAGAGCAAAUUCGGAUGCACGGCCAUCUAUGCGCAUGUGGCUUCUGAAAGUGUUCCGACCUUUGUGCAGCAGCAGAAAACCUUUGUUCCAGAGAAGAAGUUUGGUGGCGUGCUGCGUGGAGGCAUCAAGUUAUCUGUGUGGAAGGACGAUCUCGCCAAUGUUCGCGUGGAUGCAGUCGUGAAUGCUGCAAACAUUAGGCUUCAACACUAUGGCGGCCUCGCUCAAGUUCUGUCCCGCGUGGGUGGUCAGCAGAUCCAAAAGGAAAGUGAUGACUACAUCAGACGGAUGGGGGAACUGAAAACAGGAGAUGCAAUUGUCUGUGGUGCUGGAUUACUACCAUGUAAGAAGAUCAUUCAUGCUGUGGGCCCUUGCUUACCAUUACAUCCAACACAGUCUGAAGUUAAUCAGGCUAAUCAGCUGUUGAAGAGGACCAUCACAAGCAUUCUGGACAGGGUUAAAGAAAAAAACCUGAAGAACGUCGCCAUUCCUGCUAUAAGCUCGGGACUGUUCAACUUCCCCCUGCCAGUCUGUGCGAACACCAUCGUGUCAACUGUGAAAGAGUACUAUGACAAGAACUCUUACGGACAUCUUCCUGAGGAGAUCCUCCUUGUCAACAACGAUGACCCUUCGGUGAAUGAAAUGGAGAGGGCCUGUUGUGAGAUAUUUUCCCCCAAACUGUACAGCAAGGUAGCAGGAGCAGGAGCAGGAGCUGGAGCAGGAGCUGCCAAAAACUCCACUUCUACGGUCCAGAUUGGAGCUGUCCAACUGACACUGAAGUGGGGUAAAAUUGAGGAACAGGAGACAGAUGUCAUCGUAAACACUGCAUCAGCAGACAGAGACCUGGGAUACGGUGUCAUCUCCAAAGCUUUAUUGAAGAAAGCAGGUCAUGGAUUGCAACAGGAGCUUUGCAGAAACAAGAAAAACGGAAGUGUGAUCGUAACAAAAGGCUACUCCCUGCAAUGUAAAGAGGUGUUUCACACUUUUUGCAGUGCAACACGGGCGGUCCUUUUCAAGUCAGUCCUGGACUGCCUAUAUAUCGCAGUCUCAAAUAAUCACAGGUCGAUUUCCUUCCCCGCAAUCGGCACUGGAGGCCUCGGCUUUAGUAAAACAGAAGUUGCCCAGAUCAUGUCAGCUGCAGUGGAGGACUUUGCCAAGAAGUCCCCCCAAGCCUUGGAAGUUCACUUUGUCAUAUUUCCAUUGGACAAAGACACAUAUAAGGCUUUUGAGGAAGCGAUGAGAUCUCUCCCUCAAAAAGCAUCGAAACCUGGCUUUACACAGGAGUUGGAGCAUAGAGAUAACCUCCCGGACGGCAAACCUGCCGCUCCGCAGAUCAGCCUGCAUGGCAGCUCUGAGUCGACUUUCGAGGCUGAACAAUGGCUCCGCGGCCUUUUCAAAUCCUCUGACACCGUCACCAUCCGUAACAACUUCAUUCAGCACUUUGGCGAGCAGGAACAUCUAAAGCUGGCCCAUUUGUCGAGCCAAAAGACCAUCGACAUCGAGGAGUCCUUUGACAAAGGUCAUGCAGACAUAACAGUGUACGGGGAUUCAUGUGAGGAUAUUGUCGUGGCAGCCUUGCAGGUGGAGGCCAUGCUCUGUAACAUCCAGAGGGAAUUUGUCCGAGAGGAAGAGCGCGCCAUGCUCCCAUUCUCCACCGAGAAGGUGACCUUUGAAAGAACGCCAGUUGAUAAUUUCAAUGAUACGUUCUCAAAAAAAUCGUCUGUUCUCAAAAAGGAGGGGCUGCACAUGUUGAAGUUGGAGAGAGUGGCGAACCCGACGCUGAAGAUGAUGUUUGAAGAGAAGAAAAAACAGCUACAAUGCUUCACUCCUCAAACCAUGUUUCAGUGCAUACCUGCACAGUUCUGCGAGAUGGUCAGCCAUGUUGGAUUCCAUGCAGAGUACGCACCACCUGCAGACCCAGCUUAUGGAGAGGGUAUCUACUUUGCUGGCACCGCGAGGAAAGCCAUGGAAGUGUGGAAGAAUCACAAUGAGAAGUACGUGUACUUGGUGGAGGCCGAAGUGCUGACAGGAAACUCCACCCCUGGCAGACCAGGUCUCAUUCUACCAGUUAUGGGGACAAACUCCCAAAUGAUCAGCAGUGUGAGUGGAGGACCUGACAUCUCUGUCAUAUUCAGUGGUUACCAGGCUCUGCCCAAGUACAUCCUGACCUGUGUGGUGGGCUAAAGAACCACUUCUCCACUCUUUCCUCAGAUGUACUGUGGGCUGUGAUACUAUUACACAUUUAAGAAUCAUUCCAGUGUUAAUCUAGAUCUGAAGUACUCUCUUAACGAAUGUUAACACUCUGAGAAAAUAAUUCGGUUCGCACUUCUCUUUGAAACUAUAUAAACAAGACCAGUGCCACAAUAUCACAGAGGAAUUACAGGUUUGUCAAUGUUGAAGCUGAACUGCAGCUUGAAAGUUUGAAAUUUGAGUGUUUCAUUCUUUCCAGUUGAAGUUUGUAUCUUUUUGUGGGAAUUGCAUGUAUUCUUCACAGCAUCAGUUAUAUUACUAUAUAGCACAAUCAUCUGUAAAACAAUCACUGACUCUGAUUUAAAAAUGCACUGUGUUAUGGCAGAAAUAUUGAACUUAAAUCAUCUCGUCAUUUUUCUUUAGUGAUAACUCAUUGUACCAUAUAUACAAAAAUAUUAGUGAACACACAAAGUGAACAUAUCCAAGCAAUUGUAAUUCAUGUACAACAACUUCCUUACUUACUAUCAAUAAGCAGUAAUUAGGAGGUUAUUAAGGGAAAACUGUUAAUUAAUGGAGUAGUUACAGAAUAAGGUCAUUAAAAAUAAGGCAUUAAUAAGUGCUUUAUAAUGACUAAUAAAGAGCCAAUAUGCCUCUAAUAUCCAUGUGUAUAAGGAAUGUGUUAAUGGUUGAUAUGUGUUCCCUAAUGUAAAGUGUUACCAUGAUUAUAUACUGACAUAGAUCUUAUUCCAAUUCGAUUUGAGAAACACUCUAACAUCAAGUGUAAAGGGAAGUAGUUUGUUGUCUUAUUACAAACAACAAACAAAAUUGUAACCUAAUUGUAAAAUGCUCACGGACUAAUGGUGGUGACUUUCAAAAAUCAGGAAGAAGAAAAUCAACAAUAUUUGGAUGGACCCUGAGGGGGAGAUGUAAUGUGCCCGACAGUGAUUUCAAAA